AUGUCAGAGCGAUUGAGGAGGCAGACGACCCCUGUGGCUGCGGUUGGUGCCGUAGCUUCUUCCACGCCGGCGGUUGGCGGGGAAUCCUUCCCUGUCAUUAUUAAGUCGGCGGGGAGGAAGAAGAAGGGGUGGGGGAGGAAGAGGGGGGCGCAGGCCGACCUACCAUCCACCCUUCCCCAACAGUCGUUGGCUCCUCCCCCCACUAAUCUUGCGACGGCACCAGCCAACCCCGAUGGGGCUGCCUGGUCGCAGGUGGUGGGGAGGCGGUCGAGGAGAGCAGCCGGGACCGCUUCGGCCGCGCCCGUGACCCCGGCCCCUCCUCAGAAGAGCACGAGCAAGAGGGCUGGAGUACUAAUGAAAGCGCCUCCUCGCGUAGUGGCCCCUCCCCGUUCGGCGGCGGUGACGAUCACCGUCCUGGAAGGGCGCAAGGCAACCUACGAGGAGGCCAUUAGGAGGGCUCGCCAGGGCGAGGAAAGAAAGGAAAAGAAGGGCCGUAGGGGGGUGGCAGGUGUGGCGCCACCCUCUACGGCAGCUCAGGGAGGCGGAGGGGACGCUAUACUCCCCUCUACCCCCUCUGUGCCAGCUGCGAUGGAGGUGGAGGCCGUGGCAUCGGGCCAGGUCCACUGCCUGGCGGAGUGUCGGGUUGGCCUAGCGGUAACUACGGAGCCGUACCAAGUCCCCGACCAUCCACACUGGUUCGGGGACGAGGACGGCCUCGUGGCGGUGUGGCGCCGCCGCCACUCGGCGACCGUCCCCCCCUGCACCGUGGUCCAGCGGGGCAGGGGGAUGAUUUUGGUAAAAUGGGGAAGGUUCCUAGUCGCUGGAUGCUACAAUUCUCCCAACUGUGGCUCCGCAGAAUUCGGGAGGUAUUUGGACCAGCUUGGGGCUAUGGUACCCCCCUACAUGGCCGGUCCGGUGCUGGUUCUCGGGGACCUCAAUGCAAGGUCCACCGCGUGGGGUAACCCGGGGACCAGCUCCCGAGGCGGAGCGCUACAGGAAUGGGCGGAGGGGAUGGAGCUCCGGUUAUUAAAUCGGGGCUUCGUACCAACGUGCGUGAGGUGGAACGGCUGGUUCAUCGUGGACGUAUCGUUUGCGUCAGCCGCCGCCUCACGCUGGGUGUCUAACUGGCGGGUCUGGGAGGGUGAAACGUUGUCGGACCACAGCUACAUCCUUAUGGACGUGGCUGUGGUCUCGGACCCGCCAGCGGACGCCCCCCAUCCGACGUAG